ACCACCUUACCCUCGCCCAGAGGCCGCAGCUGGACCGCCAGGAGCCGUGUCCUAGAGUGGGGGCCAAAGUGCUUGGGGGACGGGAUCUGACCCUCGGAGGAAAGCUCACACCCGGUGUGCGAGCGUCGGAGCUUUGAUCAAGAGCAUCCUUGAGGAUAUAGUCCAAGUUCUCCAAACUGAGAGAGCAGUCUGAAGCUGGGGAUGGCAAUAGCAUUGAGAUUUACACUGCAGGAUAACAACAGCAAAGGCGAUGGACAGGAUCCAUUGUGCAAACAAUUUAGACAAUUGCGCUAUGAAGAAACUGCAGGGCCUCGAGAGGCUUUGCACCGACUCCGAGAACUCUGCCAACAAUGGCUGCAGCCGGAGACCCACACCAAGGAGCAGAUCCUGGAGCUGCUGGUGCUGGAGCAGUUUCUGACCAUCCUGCCUGAGGAGCUCCAGUCUCAGGUAUGGAAGCAUCACCCAGAGAACGCAGAAGACCUGGUUGUUGUACUGGAGGAUUUGCAGCUGAAACGUGGAGAAGCAGAACAACAGGAGGACCCAGACAAGGGAGAGAAAGACAAACUACUGGUGGAAGAAACAGCUUUUCUCAAAGCAGUGCUGGAGCAGCAGGUCCUGCCUAGCUGUGAAGUUCAAAAACCUAAGGAAGAAAAAGGUAAGAAAUGGGUUGCAGAUUUUCACACGAGAGGUAGGUUAAGCUGUGCAAUUAGUUCCCUCUACUCCAGCACCUUGGGGAUUUGUGUUUUCAUUCUGUCAGGCUUAUUGAGAUAUAAUUUAUAUCAGUUAAAUUCAUUUUUGGUAACUGUACCAUUCAAUGAGGUGGGUUUUUUUAAAUUGUUGUUUUGUUUUAAUUGUGGCAAGUCCUGGGGUUUGAACUCAGGGCCUGGGCACUGUCCCUGAGAUAAUUAUGUUUCCUUUUGAUGAUUCUUCAUCACUUAAACAUAAAUUCUUUGGUGUUUCUGCCCUCUUUAAAAACCUUUAGUGAUCUGUGAUCUUGAUAAUCUUGUGCUCUUAUUUUAUUUUUUUAAGUGGUACUGGGGCUUAAACUCCAGGCCUUGAGCUUACUAGGUAGGUUCUACCACAUGAGCCA